AUGAAUAUAAUAGUAAAAAUAAUUUUAGCACGAGCAACGGAUCCAUUUUUAGCGGAAAAAGAUCGUUCAAAAUUUGUUGAUGAAUUAUGUGAACGAAUAAAUAAGGAUUAUGACGGUGCAAGUAUUGCAACUCGUUUAUUGGCACACAAAUUGUUAAGUCCUGAUCAAAGUGAAGCUCUUUGCGCUCUAAAGACAAUUGAUAGAUGUGUGAGGCGUUGUGGACAACGAUUUCAUGCAGAAAUUGCUAAAUUUCGAUUCCUUAAUCAGUUUGUUAGAUUAUUGUCGCCAAAGGUAAUGAUUUUUCGUUUUGCUUCCAUAAUUUCUUUUAUUUUUUUCACUUUCAUUUUAAGAAUUAAACUUUACCAAUUAAAAUAUAAUGGUGAAUCAACAAGUGAAGAAGUUAAAAAACUUGCGAUUGAAAUGUUGUUUAUAUGGCAAAAGUCGAUGAGAUAUUUCACAAAAUUCAAAGAAGUAUACGAUAUGCUAAAAGACCAAAAUGUUAUAUUAAAUGAUCCUGAGCCACAAAUUGAAGCAAUAAAUGUAGAAAUACCACCGCGAUUAGCGACAUUCGAGGAUGAAGAAAAAUCAUUGCUGUUAUCGCAAUUACUGAAGAGCAAUAAAAAGGAUGAUCUUUAUGCUGCCAAUCAAUUAAUCAAAAGUAUGGUAAGAUCUGAAAAUCAAAAGCUGGAACGAAUUCAUCGGCGAAAUGAUAUAUUGGAAAAAGUGAAAAACAAUUGUCGUAUUUUGGAUGAUAUUCUAGCUUGUUCAAAUAUAAAUGAAAGAUCAAAAAAAGAUCUCGAAUUAGCCUCGGAAUUAUCUUCUUAUCUGGCCAAUAUCCGUCCAACUUUAUAUCAUUAUAUAGGAGAAGCUACUGAAACUGAUUAUGAUGCUCUUGCUGAUAUUCUAUUUGUAAAUGAUACAAUCAAUAAAACUUUGCAAAAUUAUAAAAGCUUUACGAAUAAUUUGGCUUCUCAUGGAAAUAUAACUGAUGAACUGAUCAUUGUUGAAAAUUCUUGUAUGCAAAACAGAGAUGAUGCGGCUGUUGGUCAUUUAUUGACGCCAAGAAAAAAUGACAACAGCGCUGCGAAUGAUGAAGAACCUCUUAUAUCAAUGGAAACGAAAUUAAGCUUAGAUUUGAACGAGCUGUCUUUACUUAUGGAUCAAGCAUCAUUUAUUGAAUCUAAUACUACUGUUCGUGAUCGCUUGGAAAAUGUUAAUGAAAAUGUUAAUUCAAAUCAUCAGUGCGAAGAAAGCAUACGAAUGACGGUGGAAAGCUCUGUUGAUCCUUUUAAUAGCUCAUCAUCAGAAAUUAAUUCAAAUAUUGUUUGA